AUGGCUCUGGUGGUGGUGCGGCUAAGCUGCCUAGUCUGGCAUAACGUUCGCGGCUGCCGUGCCGGAAACCACCUAGUCUCGCCUCCCACGACAGCAGCGAAUUCUUCGAUUGGGAAGGGCGAGGGCGAGGGCGAGGGCGUUCCGGGCAAGGCCCCCUCCCCUCCUCAUCUUUGGAGCAUUACCAUACCGUACUCUACUACUACUGUACCCUACCGUGAACAUAGCCAGCCAGCCAGCCCACUUGCGACGUUGGCCCAUUUCCCCGUCGUCCACCCCUGCCCCCCUCCUCCUCCUCCUCCUCCUCCUCCUCCUUAUCCACCCACACCCCCCUGUUGCCGAUCUAACGACUUCAGCGCCAGAGCAACUACUGAGCCCGUGGCAGCUACGCGACAUCUCAUUCGCCCGUUUCUUUCAUCGUCUCAACGACAUGGUGGGCACACUGCUCCUCAGCCAACGUCCAAAGCGAGCCGCUUGAUCGAACCGUCUGAUACGCCGGGACGGGGGGGGAACUCAGUACAACGCUACAAGCCCCGACUGACUGAGGACUCUCUACAUCUCGACUUCUCUUUCAUCUGCGCGCCUCCGUUUCUGGGCAUUUACCGAGGAGCCUCAGACUCCCUCGUGCUAGCAUCCGUCGCUUGUGCAUCAUCAUCCUACGCAUUACUGUCAAGGCUCGAGAAAGACCGCUGUAGGCUCCUCUCACACUUGGUGACACAAUGUACGUCUUCUCUCCUUAUGGAGACACUUCAUCCCCAACCGCUGGUGGUGCUGAGGAAGACGGCUUCAUCGACAAGUCUGGCAUCAAAAGAAGACACGACUGACUCAGCACGAUUCUCCAGGAAGUUCGGAAAGCAUAUCCAGAAGCGGCAGCUGGAAAUUCCAGAAUAUGCCGCCAGUUUCGUCGACUACAAAGCGCUCAAGAAGCUUAUCAAGAAGCUUAGUGCUACUCCAAUACUACCACCGCAAGGCGACAGUAGCCAUGGACAUGAUGCAUUAGACCCGCAAACGUCCUUGCAGGCGAACAAGGCUACAUUCUUCUUUCGAGUGGAACGCGAGCUGGAAAAGGUCAACACCUUUUACCUCCAAAAAGAGGCAGAGUUGCGCCUCCGCUUGACUACCCUUCUCGACAAAAAGAGGGUCAUGCAACAGCAUCCCCACUCGGUUUCAAAAACUUCUUCACGGUAUGUCGCUCUUGAAGAGGGACUAAAGCAAUUUAGCACGGAUCUCAACAAACUAGAGCAAUUUGUCGAAGUAAACGAGACAGCCUUUUCCAAAAUCCUGAAGAAGUGGGACAAAACUUCAAAGUCAAGAGAGAAGCAAUUAUAUCUCUCGCGCGCUGUUGAAGUCCAGCCAUGCUUCAAUCGAGAAGUCAUCAGCACUCUUUCCGAUCAAGCCACCCAGGCAUUGCUCGACUUCUCCGGUUGGGCCGAGGGAGAGGGAGUGCAAGCGCCGCACCCCACUGCUGAACCACGCGUUUCUGAACCCGCCUUUGAAGCGAAACUGGAGCUGGACAAUCAAUUUGUACAGGCGAUUAAUACAGCAAAUCAGAGCAAGAUCGAAGAAUGUCUUGCUCGACUGUCGACCCUCCCGGAUGCGCGCGAUCACGUCUCUCGAGCAUUCCUUAGCACAGUCGCAGAGGCCCCUGAAUCUGCCCUGAAGAUUCUGCUGGACUCAAACCUUGUCAAUCUCGGGCAAGAAGAUGAGAUCAAUGAACGCAACUGUCUGCAUAAGGCAGCGAUCAGUGGACGUAUCGAGGUGUUGAAGCUUGGCCUGUCCAGUCAAGUAGAUGUGCACGCGACUGAUGUCUAUGGUCGGAUACCACUGCAUUAUGCAUGCAUGCACGGCUAUGUGGAACUGGUUCAAGAACUCAUCGACGCUGCGCCAGAGACCGUCAACUAUCGCGACCAGGACAGCUUUACUCCGCUUAUACACGCCAUUGUUCACUCGCAGCUCGCCUGCGUCGAGACAUUACUCUCAAGGGGUGCUGAUCUUACCCGAUUAGGACCUGGAGAGCAUGUGCCGCUCAACCUCGCUUGCCAGUAUGCCUCACUUGAGAUACUGGAGCUGCUUUUGCAACGAUCGUCCGAGAUGAUAUCCGAUGCCGAAGGGCUCUUCCCGCAGCAUUUGGUCGCACGAUCCGGGAAAACACCGCAGUCGUUACUCAUGCUCCAGAAAUAUGGUGCCAACCUGGACCAGCCCGACAAACUAUAUCAAUGGACGCCGCUAUUCCAUGCUGCUAGCGAAGGCCAUGUCGAAUGUCUUCAAACGCUGCUCGAUUGUGGAGUCGAUGUGGAUAUCGUAGACGAAAAAGGCUUGUCCGCCAUGUACUAUGCAACAUGGGAAGGACAUUUAGAAUGCAUGAAACUACUUGCUUCCGUGGGUCGCGGGAUUGGACUCAAGUUACAAAAGCAGGUGUCACCGCAGAUGGCUGGUCAAAUGUCGAGCUCAAUGCCUGCGCCCAUGGACUUGGAACAUGACGCGGAUGGUAUCCCCGAAUUCAUCCUACCGCCACCCAUCAUCCCGUUUCGAAGAUAUGGACACAAUUUCCUCGACACGAAAACAUUUGUUGUCAUCAGCUUCGAAAAAGUUGGCAAAGAUGCAUUCAGGUUCUAUGACGAGUCCAAAUACCCGGCUGCAAGACUUACCAUAUCCUCCAAGAGUUCUGAUCUGAUCCCAAGGAACAUUCUCUUACCAAUUCAAGACGAGUUCAAGGUCAUCUCAUUCCAGAUUGAGAAUCUUGACAGUUUCUCCAUCGACUUCGAUGUCUAUCCGACCAUCGGUUCAAAAGUCAUCGCACGCAGCGUUGCAUCGUCCAAAGUCUUUACCGAGCUGUCGAAGAGCACUGGGCGAUGGCAUCUCGAGUUAUUCGAUCCCAGGCUACGGUCUAUUGGUCGUGUCACUUUUGACUUUCAGGUGGUGAAGCCAUUCCAUGGUAUUCCAUUGGAGAUUACGCACUUCGCAACGUAUUGGAAGGCUACAAGUCAACUUGACUCGCAGCCACACACCUUGAUCACUGGUUCAAGUCUAUCUGGCGAGUAUGUGCGCUUGUUUGUACAAUUGACAGCUGAUGGUAUACCUGUGCUACAUCCGAGGUGGAAAAUCAAUCACCAGGGACUCGAAGUUCCCGUCAAUAUACUCACCUAUGCACAGUUUGCGGACAUCGGCGCCCACCAAAAUGCAGCGUCUGCUAGUCAACUCGCAGAAGCUUUCCUAAAGGACGAAUCGAUCAGCAUACCCACAAUCUACCAGGCGCUGGCGGCAUCAUUCAUCACAUUGGAAGACGCUCUGGCACUCCUGCCGACACACAUCCAUGUAGAACUACAUGUGUUGUUUCCCUCAAGGCUCGAUGAGGAACGGCUUAAGCUUGGCCCAACACAUGAUAUGAACACCUUCGCAGACCGAAUACUGUCUGUGGUCUUCGAGCAUGCACGUGUGCUGAGAAAGCGUGGAGCGGGUGAGAUUGAUGGAACGCUACGCAGUGUGCUGUUCAGCUCCUUCAACCAGGACAUAUGCACAGUGAUCAACUGGAAGCAGCCGAAUUAUCCAGUCCUUUUGUGUAACGAACUUGGUGCAGACAGCUCACAAUCACCCUCUGGCAACACGCAUAUCGUUCAGAGCAGCGGAAGAACCACCAUCUCGGUCAAAGAAGCCGUACAAAUUGCGAGAGAUAACAACUUUAUGGGCUUGAUAUGUAGCUCUCGUCUGCUCUCCCUUGCACCAGCCCUAAUCGAAUCGAUCAAGACGGCCGGCCUCGUUCUCGUAACAGAUAUCUCAGACUCUCCGGCCGACGCUGGCGUACAGCAAGAUGCUCAUAUUGCUCAACCCCGUCAACAAAAGACGCCAGAUGGGGUCGACGGUUACUUGAAGGGCAAUGGCGUGCUUUGCUUCAAUGAGACUGUGGAUAUGUAG